CCGACUUUCCCAAUUAAGCUCCCGCUCAUUCCGUCUCUCCCCUUAUAAUUCGCGAACAUCGCGACCGCAUCGCCGCGGCAGCGACUUUGACCAAGCGGACAAACCCGCGUCGCAGCCGCAACCAUGCUGUCCUUUAUCUUGAUCCAAAAUCGCCAGGGCAAAACCCGCCUGGCCAAGUGGUAUGUCCCGUACAGCGACGACGAAAAGAUCAAGCUCAAGGGCGAGAUCCACCGCCUGGUAGCGCCGCGCGACCAGAAGUACCAGUCCAACUUCGUCGAGUUCCGCAACCACAAGGUCGUCUACCGGCGGUACGCGGGGCUCUUCUUCUGCGCGUGCGUCGACACCAACGACAACGAGCUCGCCUACCUCGAGGCCAUCCACUUCUUCGUGGAGGUGCUCGACGCCUUCUUCGGCAACGUCUGCGAGCUCGACCUGGUCUUCAACUUCUACAAGGUCUACGCCAUCCUCGACGAGGUGUUCUUGGCGGGCGAGAUCGAGGAGACGAGCAAGCAGGUCGUGCUGACGAGGUUGGAGCACCUGGAUAAAUUAGAGUGAAGAGUGAGGGGAUGAUGAAAGGGAUCCGUUGUCGUACUCUCUCAACCCGUGGGGAAGGUGUAUAAGAAGAUCGGGCGGUAUCCAGACUGGCCUGGACAGGGA